CAAUCAUAAAAGAAGUUACCUCAUCUGCCAUCAGUAGUACCAACAUGUACGAGUUAACGUUGCCUAUACUGUGUAUGUUUGCACUGUGUUCUGCUAAUGAUGCAGAAUUGAAGAAAAUAAUGACAGACGAAUCUCUGCGUGAUUUUCCAGGACAAAACUUGUUUAUGGGCAAAGAACUAACGGGCUCAUUUCCACAUCCCAGACCUAUCGGAAAAAGCAUUGGAAAUUAUCCAGAACGGUUAAGUUUUCCCACACAAAAUGUGCAGGCAAGAAAACAACCGAAAGUAUCAAAUAUGGGAAUGGUACCACCACCAAACCAGGAAUUCCAACAUCUGAGAGAGAAUUUCAAUCCCAGUGCUGGGAUGCUCGCGUAUUGGGGCGAAGAAGAUGAUCCGAAGAUAAAGAUGAAAAACUACGUGGAAAAGCUGAAGACAAACGCUGAAAUGUCUAGAAACGUUCUCAGAAUGAAGACGACUCCAAAACCAAGAAUUGAAGACACAUUGUCACCGAAGGUGGAUGACUACGAAUCACCUAUCCGCUGGGUGCCUAUCAACUCUACUGAAACUAGAGAUGGACUAGCCCGAGUUACGGAUCCAAAAACUGGGAAGAAUCGUCAGCAUAUCGUCAAUGGUACCGUCUAUGUACCAAUAGCUGACUAUGCUACGGACAGUUUAGAAUUGAGUACGCCGCCCACCAACAAGUCAGCUGCCAUCACUCCUGCUAUCGACUGGUCUAAAGUAACACCAAUGGACUGGUUGGCGCACGAGCUAAGGAGACCAAAGAGAAGUGGAAUGGUGGAGCAACAGUGCGACAUAGAUGGGUGUCAGGCAAGGUGUGACCUACCAUCUUGUGAAACGGGAUGCAGCGGCGAUACUUGUGCAGCAGGGUGUACAGCCAACUCAUGUUAUGCUUCCUGCAACGGCCCAGGCUGCAAGGCAAUGUGCAUUGGAUAAGACGGUGCU